GUUCUUCUGAACAGCAGUUUAUAAACACCGUAGUAGUUACACAGUGCUGAGGAGACUCUGUUAAGGAACUUACCUUCUCAGGGCCCGAGGCUACUACCAUGGCAAACCAGUACAACAUCAGUGAGGAGAAGAUCCUUAGGGACAGUCAUACCAAAGAGAUUGACUUGAUCAACAGGGACCCCAAGCAAAUUAAUGAGGAUGUUGUGAAGGUGGAGUUUGAGGAUGUGAUUGCCGAGCCUGAUGGCACACACAGUAUGGAUGGAGUGUGGAAAGCCAGCUACACCACCUUCACCAUCUCCAAGUACUGGUGCUACCGCAUACUGUCCGCCGUCUUUGGUAUCCCAGUUGCUCUGCUGUGGGGAUUCUGCUUCGCCUGCAUCUCAUUUUGCCACAUCUGGGCCGUCAUGCCCUGCAUCAAGAGCUACCUGAUUGAAACCCAGUGCCUGAGUCGAAUCUACUCACUCUGCAUCCACACAUUCUGCGACCCCUUCUUUGAGGCACUGGGGAAAGUAUUCAGCAGCAUACGAGUGGCGCUUCGCAAGGAGGUGUAGGGGCUACAGACACAAUGUUUAUAAUGGCUGUCAGGGAAAUUGGGUGUUCUUUUGGUUUUGUUUUAUUUUUAUAUAUGAGGUCAGAACUUGAUGGCCUCAUCCCCCAUCACCUUUAUAUGAAUAAAGAUAGGUAGAUGUACAUAAUGGUGACUGAAUGCAGCUGCUUAGACAUUUUGUGAGGUGUCACAUGCAGUUCACCUUGAGUUACUCACCUGUUCAAAGAAAUGCUUAUGUUAAAGAGAACUUUAUAGUGGAGAGCAGAUGACUUAUUAGAUUAUUAGAAGCCUUAUGUGUUUAUGUGAUAAGGCUUUCUCUCUGAGUGCUUAUUAAUAUCAUUAUCAUUAUUAUUAUUAUAAUUAUUGAAUACAAGCUAAAUCAUUUUCUGUAUUCCUGUAAUGUCAAAAAAGUCAAUGAAAAAAGAUGAACUUGUGAGUGGAAUGAUACAAUCCUCAUGUUCUUCCCUUUAUAAAUUAGAUAAAUAUAGAUAUCCCGAUUUAUCAUGUGUGACAUGGACCGUUCACAAAUUAAAUAGAUUUUAUAAAGUCAAACUGUCCUAUUCUUCUUAUUAAUAAUGCCUAAUAUAAAUAUUUGUUGUUUCUGAAUUUUGAAUCUCCUGAUUGUCUUGAUAUCAACUUUCAUUCGUAGAACAAAAUUAUUCAGGCUUGAAUAAAGUUACAAAAAUCCUGA